CAGGUAUCGGAAGGUGUUGGCCUCAUUAUCUCGUGAGUGCAGGAGUGUGGAGAGAACCUUCACCCCCACAUCUCCUGCACUCUUUGUUAUUUUUUGUUAGAACUUUGUCUCACUCUGACGAUGGAUAAAGAGUGCAAUGAAUGCACAGUUUACACGGUUUUUUAAGUAAUUGAGGUCUACCAGUACCACGUUGAACUUGAACAAGUAUCUUCCUUUUAUUUCCUUGCGAAGGUGUGAAAAUGAUGAGGAUGAAGCUUUUCUGACUUGACGCGAAAACCAAUACUCGUGCAGCAAGAAUGCUGGCUCCUUGCCGAGGAGGCCGACACUGGUUGGUUUUUAUGGUGGAUGGUGUUUUUGAGCGUAUAAUCACCUUUCGUUUUUGAGGAGGGAUACCUAUGCCUAUGGUAUAUAAUUUUCUAAGAGCAGAACAAUGUCAACGGGGAGCGCGGCGCAACGGAACCAUCUUCACUAGUUUGGUGAACACAACAACGAUGAGUAGAUGAAAGUACUUCUUAGCUACGAGGUGGCUCUAAAAAUUUCUUCUAUGCGCUACUUUUGCUGUCAACAUCCGUAGUGGAUGUUGCCAAUGCACGACUGCGGACCCCAAGUGAAGGUUGCCGCGUAAUGUGCUGUCUUCCAGGACCGCGAAUACCGCCUGUGCCUAGUAUCGAUCCUACGUAUCUGACAAUCUGCGUUGACCAAGAAGCGUCCCAAAACGCGCACUAUCGCCCUCGAGAGCAAACACGCGAAUGUCGUCGAGGAUCGGGCGAUCAAGAGAUAUGAUACUUCUCUCGAUACAAAUUGACUUCGACUGUCGGUGGAUCAUAGAUUUCUUUCGCGGACAGAGACACUUGCACUUCUUGGACUUGAAGAUGUUGAAAAAUGUCUACAAGAUGAACUACUUCAAGCACGGUAUCUGUAGUCUUAGUCUAGGAUCGCUGUUGCUCUAAGUACGACCAGAAGCCGCGACUGCAGUUAUUGGACCAGUCCGUAUGAGUGGAUUGACGUCUGUGGGUGCCGUUUGUGCACUAUCCUCAAUCGUGAAGGCGCUGGCUUCGAUGGGCUGGCCGAAUGUUGUUUUUACCUAAGUUUUGUCGAAGUAGCAGCCUCUUAUUAUGGAAACUACUACUAGAAGUAGUAGUAGAAGUAGAUGAACUUGAAGUAGAAUCUUCAGAGCAAGUCGCACUCGUUAUGAAGUAGUUCUAGAAUCAGAGCAAGUCGUAGUCGAACAUAGACCCCCCGAACACUCCAAACAUGCUUUAACUUUAAGGUUCACUCUGUCUCUGCGUAGUAUUGUGCUGAAUACUUGGUUCCUAUGUGUAAGAAAAACACAAAGAAUGCAAGGAGAUACACGUCCUGCCUUUACAACCUUGUUAUAGCACGAUUUAAUAUGGUAAAUGCAAGAUGAAAAUUUGAAAAAGUCAGUUCACAGUUACUUGAUGCUUUCACUUCGUCUUGGCGCUGUCAUUCUGGCCUUCGCCAUUUGCGGCCGUGCGGCCUAUUG